UUAGAUCUUCCACUUCCUGUGCAGCACAACGGAGGAGCUGAGACAGUCCGAGCUUCUGCUCUGAGCAGGUGACAACUCCAAGAGAGGAGCAGGGACCCACCCUGAACCACCAUGAAGUCCAACUGGAUCGUCCUCUCCGUGUUCCUUCAGGCUCAUGUCCUGGCGGCAGAUGCUCAGGUGUUUGGUCUGACGGAUCCUCGACUCUGUUACCUCCUGGAUGGUUUAUUACUCAUCUACGCCAUAAUUAUCACCGCCUUGCUUUUCAGAGAGAAGCUGUCUAAGAAGGUACCAGUUGGAGACACCGAUGAUACAUUCAGUAAAGCCAACCAGAACACACGAGAUCCUUUCAGCAGCAGAGCAGAUGCAGAAUUAGGAGGAAGGAGAGGGAAGCACAGGUCUCCGGAUAAUUCUAUCUACCAGGGUCUUGAGAAAGAAAAGCUGAAUGAUCCAUACAACGCGAUUGGAGUGAAGCAGCAACCGAGGAAAAAGGGGAAAGGAAACGAGAUGCUCUACCAGGGGUUAAAUACCGGCCGUAGAGAAACGUAUGACGCCCUUCAGAUGAAGAAGCUCCAACACUGAGGACGGGUGGAGUGAUUGAGAAAUCUGGAUCAACUAAGAAAAAAAAAAAAAAAAAAAUGCAUUUCAAACCAUUUUUUUUCUUUUUAUACUAUUUUUAAUUUUAUUUUUUAAGAGAGAAAUGGGUAAUUUAAGGUCUUUAUUAUUUACACGCUGUAAGGAACGGACGCAUUCUCCUGUAGUAACUGACACGGCGAGGGGCAAUCGUGACUCUCUAUAGAAGCAGCAAAGGUCACGUUGCUUGGCUGUAGAGAUCGGUUAUGUCUCGAUGACGACUAUGGCACACGGGGUUGCCAUGACAACCCUGACAUCAGGUUCAUUCUAUAAGUAAUAUCGUAAAAACGUUUAAAAGGGACCAGUCGUGGCUGAGCUAUGCAAAAAAAAAAAA